UAUCAGCCUGCCUAGGAAUUGACUCUCACUCUCCUGCACUGCUCUGAGAGUAAAUUGAUCCACCUUUUUGGAAGCAGUUGUAUGGUAUGUAAAAGUUUCAAAAUUGUGCUUGCCUUUUUGAUCCAGUGUUUCUCCUUCUAGGUAUUUACCAUAAGGAAGGAAGCAAAGAUGUGCACAGGGACACGGCCACAGUGGGGUGCUUUUAUCUGCUGUCAGGGGAACUCUUGAACUAGCAUGGAGACCUGUUUUGCAGAGCUGCUCAAAAGAAAUCUUCCUUUCUUUCCUAGUGCUUUAACAUUUAAAACUGUCUCAUUACUCACUUUUCUGGUCUAGUUCUUUCUUGAAACUAAAACUUACCUAUACAAUUUUCCCCACAGGUCCCUUAAUAUGGACUUUGAAAACCAAGAUAAGGAGAAAGACAGUAACAGUUCUUCUGGGUCUUUCAAUGGCAACAGCACCAAUAAUAGUAUCCAGACCAUUGACUCUACCCAGGCCCUGUUCCUUCCAAUUGGAGCAUCUGUCUCUCUCCUAGUAAUGUUCUUCUUCUUUGACUCAGUUCAAGUAGUUUUUACAAUAUGUACAGCAGUUCUUGCAACAAUAGCUUUUGCUUUUCUUCUUCUCCCGAUGUGCCAGUAUUUAACAAGGCCUUGUUCACCUCAGAACAAGAUUUCCUUUGGUUGCUGUGGACGUUUCACUGCUGCUGAGUUACUGUCAUUCUCUCUGUCUGUCAUGCUCGUCCUCAUCUGGGUUCUCACUGGCCAUUGGCUUCUCAUGGAUGCCCUGGCCAUGGGUCUCUGUGUCGCCAUGAUCGCCUUCGUCCGCCUGCCCAGCCUCAAGGUCUCCUGCCUGCUUCUCUCAGGGCUUCUCAUCUACGAUGUCUUCUGGGUGUUUUUCUCUGCCUACAUCUUUAAUAGCAACGUCAUGGUGAAGGUGGCCACACAGCCAGCUGACAAUCCCCUUGACGUCCUGUCCCGGAAGCUUCACCUGGGGCCCAACGUUGGACGCGACGUCCCGCGCCUGUCUCUGCCUGGAAAACUGGUCUUCCCCAGCUCCACGGGCAGCCACUUCUCUAUGUUGGGCAUCGGAGACAUCGUGAUGCCUGGACUCCUCUUGUGCUUCGUCCUGCGUUACGACAACUACAAGAAGCAAGCCAAUGGUGACUCCUGCGGUGCCUCCGGACCCGCCAACAUCUCCGGGCGCAUGCAGAAGGUUUCCUACUUUCACUGCACCCUCAUCGGAUACUUUGUAGGUCUGCUCACUGCGACUGUGGCGUCUCGAAUUCACCGAGCAGCCCAGCCUGCCCUUCUCUAUUUGGUGCCAUUUACCUUAUUGCCACUCCUCACGAUGGCCUAUUUAAAGGGUGACCUACGGCGAAUGUGGUCUGAGCCAUUCCACUCCAAGUCCAGCAGCUCCCGAUUCCUGGAAGUAUGAUGGAUCACAGCGGGCAAUCAGAAUGGCCUCUCAGUCCUUCUCUGUCAACGUGUGGUUUGUUUCCUCUUAGAGCUGGCCUGGUACUCGGAGAUGCACCUGUGUAAGGACUGCCGUGUGCCCAGAUUUUGCAUUUUUGGGAGCGAGGUGCUGGAGCCUGCGUGGUUCCUUCUCUUCCUGCCGCCGGAGAGGUGGAGCCCCUCCUGGAGUGACAGGUCCUCCCCCACCCCCCAGCGCUCCUCCCUCCCCCGUUUUUAUGGAUCUGCACCAGACUGUUACCUGUGGGGGACGGAGAUGUGACUGUUGAAACUGACAACGGCAAGGAGUCGUUCUGUACCUUUGAACACUAAAAGGAUGAAAACCUUAGCAAACUGGUUUCUUCAGUGAACCCUCAAGAACUUUGGGACCAGUUUCCUAUGGGGGACUCAGUUUCAGAGAACUGAGACAGAAGCUCUUCUGUCGUUAUAUUCUUCUUUCCUUUUUUUGGAUUUAUUAAAUAUUUUCUGUGGUGUGAAGUGACUUAUUAAAUCCACAGACAUUGAGUGACUUCUUACAACAUACACAUAAGAAUUUGUUGUAAUGAGUUCAUGUCCACCCAGACGUCGUGUUGGCAGUGAACGAGGGCACGGUUUUUAUACGUACAUACACACCCACAUGCACAUAGAUAUAUAUGAAUAAACAGAAAUUAAAACCCGCUAAGCUCAUGCUGUGUAGCAGACAGGGGCUUGCUGUAAUUUCUAGCAUGUAGAGCAGUUCACGCUGGCUUCCUUGUAUACAGACAAGCUGCUGUCUCUCCCUCCACAACUGAACGUGCAGUUAAAAACCAGUAUAGUAUUUGUACUGAUAGACUCAUGGACUGUAGGGGACUGUCAUUUGGUUUUGAUCAGUGUAGCAAAUUAGGGAUGAAAAGUUAAAACUUUUUGACCCGUUGUUUUGUUUUGUUUUGUUUUUUUACAGGCUUCUUCCUCGCAGGGUUUUCAGUAGUUUCUUCUUGAACCGAUGCAUGUAUUAUAGCAGCAGGUGUCUCUGUGCUUUCUGAUCAUAGUAAUGUACUACUUGUAAAUUCAUUUUUUUUUUUUUUUUUUUUUUUUUUUUUUUUUUUUUUUUUUUUUUUUUUGGCCUUUUGUUUCAUUGGUGUGCUGUAUUUUCCAUGCCCUCACUCCUUUAAGAAAAAAAAA